AUGUUCCAGAGACUCAGGCUCCGCCAGUUAUUCCUCCAUCUUCUGCUUCUUUCUUGUGCAAUUUCGAUGAAGACGAGUGUGGAUUCAGACAAAGUUCAAGCGACAAAUUUGACUGGACAAGAAGUAAAGGGCCUUCCCCAUCGGGAGGGACUGGGCCAGAUAAAGAUCACACAUCUCGCAAUGGUUACUUCAUGUACAUUGAGGCUUCAUUCCCACGAAGGAUUAAUGACAAUGCCAAAAUGUUCCGGACGGUUUCACUCUCUGGAAAGUCUUGCUUGAGGUUUUAUUAUCACAUGUUCGGGAGUAGCAUGGGAACAGUGAAGGUUAUGUUAGGUAACAAGAAGAUAUUUGAAAACGCUGGAGACCAAGGAAAUGACUGGCACAUGUUCCAAGGUCGUCUUACAGGAUCAGGGUCGAAAGAACUGACUUUCGAGGGAAUAAGAGGAACUAGCUACAAGGGAGAUGCUGCAAUUGACGAUAUUACCAUAUUUGACUGCUGAUUCUUAAAAUUCAAGGAUGAUUGAAAUAAAGUGUAUUAAUUCUAUUCAUUGA